AUGAAGGCGGUCACGGGCAAAUCGUUGUUGCGGCCUGUUGCAACCCGGUGGAAAAGCCUUUACGACAGUUUGCGAGCUUUGGUCGAUCUCCGAGAGCUCAUCUACGAUCUGUCUGUCGAGUUGGACAUCCGGACGAUCUUGACUCCGAGCGACAUCUCGUAUAUCGAGGAGUAUCUGACAUGCGCCAAACCCAUUGCCGAUGCCCUCGAUAUACUCCAAGGUGUGGAGACUGCGUUUUACGGCGUGUUACUCCCGACCCUCCACGUGGUGAAACGUCAGUUGAACUCGUUGUCCCGAACUUCACUCCAGGACUGUCGACCGCUCGUCGAGGGAUACUUGCUGAGUGUCGGAAACCGCUUCGCAGAGGACUUCGACUGCUAG